AUGGAAUUUAAGGAUUACAAUCAUGCUUUAAUUGAUACAGUUCGCAAUUCACCAUAUCUGUAUGACCCAUCCAAUAAACACUAUAAAAAAGGACGGUCAAGGGUAGAAUUAUGGGAGGAAGUAUCGAAAAAGCUUCAAGCAAUGGGCUAUAAGACUACAGGUGAGAAAUGCCGUGAACGUUGGAACUGUCUGAAGGGACGAUUUGUAAGGGAGCGAAAUACGCUGAAAAAAUUGAGAUCAAACUCAUUACCUUAUGUUCCAAGAUUUUCAUUCUAUUCUGCGAUGAAAUUUGUAGAGCCUUUCUUGCCUGACUCUCUCCAAAAGCAGCCACAUGAGUACAAUCCAAUAGAUUUUCAAGCAUCCGUGAAAUACGAGACCAGCUCAAAUAAUAACGUGGAAGAAAGUAUUGACAGACAGAUUCAUCGGUUAUUGACGCAGAAUGGUACAACAGCAAAUCACGAAGGUAUGGAUGCAAACGAAUUUGUUGAUGGCUCACGAGAAUCUCAACCGUCGGCUGCAGUAGCGGCGAAUAGUGUGACAGUGCAUGCACUACAGAAAAUACCAUUGGUGGGUACAGAUUGUGCUCAAAUUUAUCCCCUUAAUGAGUCUUCUUUUACAAAUGAUCCAUUUGUUGUUGAUUUGACGAAUACAAAAUGUUGGAAUGACGUUGAUCAACCUUCUUCAAGUACGACAUCUUGGCAGUGGUAUCACGAUGAGCUUCUGAAGCUUGUUAAUUUUUUUGAAAUACCAUCGUAUCAGUCGGGUUCAACGUAUGAUAGGAAUGCAAAAAUCAUCCCAAGUUGCAGUUUCCUAACCAUGCUUAUUGAAACAAAUCUAUAUUUAUAUACUAAUUUACCAAUACGAUUGGAUGAUAUUGUGCCUCGAAUGCUUUUGGCUUUGUAUACUGGUUUAGUAGAUGAAGGAAGUGGUGAGCCAUAUUUCUCACAUUUCAUAUGGCCGCUUGAAUUGGAACGAAAUAGUUAUGAUUGGGAUGGAGCAGUGCAAUCAAUCAUUUCGCGAUAUCCACCGUCUGUACCGCAAUCUGUUAAUGGUAUUGUAAAUACCGUUGUGAUGUUGUUGAACUUAAACGACAAUCAUGAAGAUGCUCGAAAUUUGGUUGAGCAGCUUAUUCAGAACGAUUUGGAAGAAUCUUUGCUUUUUAAUUUGCGAUUACUUCUCUGCGGAUUUCAAUUAUUAACCCUGAAGGCUUCUACUUUUUGCAGCAAGUUAAGUCAAAUUUUAGAGGAAUCAUUGGAUGGAGCCGUAAAUCCGUUUGCAAAUUGGCCGCGCGAUGAGUUCCGAUUAAGUUGCAUACAAAUGAAUUUGCAGCAGUUUAAGGCAACGAUAGCUUUUACAACUUAUCACUGUGCUCAUUUGGAAGGCCGUAGUAGUACUGUUUUGCAGAAGUCAUUUUUUCGCCAUUUUAUAUUUCACAACAUUUUGUGCUAUCGAUUGAUAUAUGACGCUCAAGAAAUCAGUUCUACCCCGAUGCAUGAAUUUUCACGAUUCUUCUUCACUGGUGUAAUGAAAAAACAACUGGAAAUCUUGUAUACGGCACUGAAUUUAUAUCAGGAUAAUGGUUUUCGGAUAUCAGAAAGCCGUUUCCAUGGAUUUAGCUUCCCAGAAGAUGCCACAGCGCUUUAUUUUCCAAUUUGUCAGCUUCUUUCACCUCUGUUCUGUCUCUGUUUGACCCCAAAAAUGAUACCCGAACUGUAUGCAGUAUUGUAUGGCUAUAUCAAUAAGACGAUGGCGGUGGAUGAAUGUAAAAUUGAAGGACUAAUUGAAUCAGAACGGCAGCGAUGGAUACAUGAAGGAUGUGAGAUACGGAAAUUAAUUGAACAUCGAAAAGUAAAUCCUGAUACUUAA